UGUGCUGCAACAGAACAUCCUGACAGAGAGACAAAGAACAUGCUGGAAGAUACACAGCAAGCAGAAGCACCAAACACAAGUGGAAGAGGAGUGAAGGACCAUCAGCACUCAUAAACAGCCUUAUUCUGAUAUAGUGAGGGCUUUGAUCCAGACUAGAUGAAUGCUGUCUUACCCGGGGGCUAUUGCACAAAAGUAGAAUAAAGAUAUCCAGGUUAACUGAAAAGGCGCAGCUUGACUUAGUGUUAUCCGCUCAUCGCGGCUGAAUCGGUUGCACGUUUGCCAAGCCAGGAUGAGAAGGUGCCGCUAUGUCAAUCCAGGUGUACAUAGUUGGGAUAAGUGCACCUUGACAGAUUUCUUAAAUAGACCACGGUAUCGAUCACAAAUUCACUGAUGCAGAAAUGGAGAAGACGCGUGUAGCAUAUUUUUCUCCCGCUGAGCAGCAAUUAUUAAUGACAAUUUAUGAAGAAGUGAAGCAUAUAAUAUGCAAAAAGGGUAAUACAGCAGCCGUUAUUAAACAGCGAGAACAAGCCUGGCAGACAAUCGCUGACCGACUGAAUGCAACAAACAUGACUGGACAAAAGCGAACUUGGCAACAAGUCAAAAUAAAAUACAAAAACAUUUUGCAGUCUGCAGUGAAGAAGAAGACUCAUUUGUCUGGCACUGGGGGAGGGCCACCAGCUCCAGGCUUCACCCCAGCAGAGGAAUUGUCCCUUGUGUUAAAUAAAGGAAGGCCUGUGAUGGAAGGGAUUCAGGGUGGGACAGCUACUGACUGUGUUCCACCUACAGAAACUGCCCUCCUCAUACAUGUGUCCGGCGACACAGUUACACUCCUGCCACCAGACGAAGAUCCAGGGGAAGGAACUUCUGCAGUAUGGGAAGGGGCUUCUUCAGAUGAUGACGAGGAGACUGUGUCCCUGGACUCCAGAAGGCCUGAGGAUCCAGACAGAGUACAGCCUGACAGCCAGCUUGGCAACAUAGUAAGUAUGGGCUCUAAAGUAAAUCUAAAUGAUACAAAAUUCCUGCUGUGUUAAUCAAUGGGUGGUUUACAGAAUUCACAAACUGUCAGAUGUCUGUACAGUCAACAUCUCAAAAAACGAAUUGAGCUGGCAGAUACACAGGUUGCCCUCAAGAAAAGGAGUCUCCAUGAUCUGGACCUUGGUAUUGAAAUAAAGAAAAAGAAACUGAGGAAACUGGAUCUGGAGAUAAAGAAACUAGAAAAAGAAGUAAAUGACUUCAAUCCAUACUUCAAGCAUAUCUGUAAAACAAUGUAUUAAUUAUGUUUUUCUCCCCAGCUCUCCUAAGGACAAGACAAUAAAAUCUGUCAUCUAAAAUAAUUGAUGUAUUGGUCUCUAACUAGCCUGCCAUUGAUGUCAUCUGGGAAUAUAGCUGCAUUGUCCCACUCAAUCUCUGGUGCCAGUGCAGGACCCCUUUCCCUCCUCAGACAGGCAACAUUGUGUAGGACAGUGCAGGCUACAGUGAUGUCACAUGCCCUGUCUGGGGUGACCCUCAGAUGGUGGAGACACUGAAAACGGGAUUUGAGAAGGCCAAAUGCCAUUUCAAUUCGGGAUCUUGUUCUUGCAUGGGCAAGAUUGUAUCCUUGUUGCGCUGCUGUCUGAGGGUCUGCUAGGGGAGUGAGAAGGUAUGUCUCACAGGCGUAACUCUUGUCUCCCAGAAGAACGCCAGAGAAUUCACCUGAGAAUACAAAAUGUAAUCAUUACAACUACACAAACACAAUUGCGUCAAAUGGUUUACUUAUCACCGAAAUGUGUGUGGCCUACCUUGUGAUAGUCGCUG